AGAUUGAAGAUACACGCACUACACACGAUCCCCCUGUUCCUUCUUCUUCUCGACGUCUCGUGGCCCAGUCCAGUUCAUUCACACCGCCACAUUUCCUUUCUAACGCUUCAUUGCGUCGGCGCGUCGCUGUUGUAGAGGUAACGUCGGCGCGCCCGUUGGUCGUCUUCAUCAUCGUCGUCGUCAUCGUCAGCAACGUGAUCGUGACUUCACCAUGCCGGGCAAGCACGAAGCGAGGCUCGCGGGGAAUGGAGCCGCCGCCGCCGCGGCCAGGGAGCACGUGCAGGCCGUGACGAGGAAUUACAUCUCGCAGCCCAGACUGACGUACAAGACGGUGUCAGGAGUCAACGGCCCUCUGGUGAUUCUGGACCAAGUGAAGUUUCCCAAAUAUGCGGAGAUCGUACAUCUGACGCUUCCGGAUGGCGUGAGGCGCAGUGGCCAGGUGCUGGAGGUGAGCGGCUCCAAGGCCGUCGUCCAGGUAUUCGAAGGCACGUCCGGGAUCGAUGCCAGGAAAACCACCUGCGAGUUCACUGGGGACAUCCUCCGGACGCCCGUCUCCGAGGACAUGCUGGGUCGAGUGUUUAAUGGCUCGGGAAAGCCCAUCGACAAAGGCCCUCCGGUGCUCGCAGAGGAUUAUUUGGACAUCAUGGGCCAGCCCAUCAACCCCCAGUCCCGCAUUUACCCCGAGGAGAUGAUCCAGACGGGUAUCUCGGCCAUCGACACCAUGAACAGCAUCGCCCGCGGGCAGAAGAUCCCCAUCUUCUCCGCGGCCGGCCUGCCCCACAACGAGAUCGCGGCUCAGAUCUGCCGCCAGGGCGGUCUCGUCAAGCAAGGCAAGGACACGAUGGACUACAGCGAUGACAACUUCGCGAUCGUCUUCGCUGCCAUGGGCGUGAACAUGGAGACUGCGAGGUUCUUCAAGUCGGACUUUGAAGAGAACGGCUCCAUGGACAACGUGUGCCUGUUCCUCAACCUGGCCAACGACCCCACGAUUGAGCGCAUCAUCACGCCGCGCCUGGCGCUCACCACGGCCGAGUUCCUCGCGUACCAGUGCGAGAAGCACGUGCUCGUCAUCCUCACCGACAUGAGCAGCUACGCCGAGGCGCUGCGUGAGGUGUCGGCGGCUCGCGAGGAGGUCCCGGGUCGCCGUGGCUUCCCCGGUUACAUGUACACCGACCUGGCGACCAUCUACGAGCGUGCGGGCCGCGUGGAGGGCAGGAACGGCUCCAUCACCCAGAUCCCCAUCCUCACCAUGCCCAACGACGACAUCACCCAUCCCAUCCCGGACUUGACUGGGUACAUCACGGAGGGGCAGAUCUAUGUUGACAGACAGCUACACAACAGACAGAUCUACCCUCCCAUCAACGUGCUGCCCUCAUUGUCUCGUCUCAUGAAGUCGGCCAUUGGGGAGGGCAUGACCAGGAAGGAUCACUCGGAUGUCUCAAACCAGCUGUACGCGUGUUAUGCCAUCGGCAAGGACGUCCAGGCCAUGAAGGCCGUCGUGGGGGAGGAGGCGCUCACUCCCGAUGACCUCCUCUACCUCGAGUUCUUGCAGAAGUUCGAGAAGACCUUCAUCGCCCAGGGCGCGUACGAGAACCGCACCAUCUUCGAGUCGCUGGACAUCGGCUGGCAGCUGCUGCGCAUCUUCCCCAAGGAGAUGCUCAAGCGCAUCCCGCAGAGCACCAUCGCCGAGUUCUACCCGCGCGAGACCAACUCCGCCAAGCUGUGACGCGUGCCAGCAGGUCCCACCGCCACCUCUGUCGUCACCGCAGCCUCUGCCAAUGUUGCGUGAUUGAACGGAAGGGGGGGGGGUCGGACUGGGAAUUGACGGACAGGGAGAAGGGGAGGACGGCACACGAGUGAGUGAGGGAGUGGGGUGAGGCGCACGAGUGAUGAGGGAGUGGGGUGAGGCACACGGGUGAGUGAGUGAGGGAGUGGGGUGAGGCACACGGGUGAGUGAGUGGGGUAAAGCAUCUGUCUGCCCGUUUUGCCAGAGUGCCCUCCUUUGCCCCCCCCCCCCCCAGGCACCCUCUUAAGCCGGUUGUCACGUCCCCCGGAUUAGCGUCGGGGUCAGACACACUCGCUUCGACGCAAAUGUUGCCAUGACCCUGCGCUUACUCUGACCUCACUCUCAACCCUCUUACAUACAUACAGACAGACGUGCGUGCGCACAUAUGCGUGCGUGUGUGCAUGCGCACUUGCUUGCGCCUGUGCAUGCGUGUGUGCGUGCGUGUGUGCGUGUGUGCGUGUGUGUGUGCGUGUGUGCGUGUGUGUGCGUGUGCGUGCAUGCGUGUGUGCGUGUGUGCGCGCGUGCGUGCGUGCGUGUGUGCGUGUGUGCGUGCGUGCGCGCGUGCGUGUGUGUGCGUGUGUGCGUGCGUGUGUGUGCUCACCACCACCCACCUCGCCCCCCCCCCCCCCCGUGCAUGUUCCAACGGAUGGAGUUUUUAUUUCGAGUAGCGUAAUAACGUCGUGUGGCUGGUUGUUCCGUGUGCGUAGCGACUCUCCGUGUGCAUGCACGGCGCUGCGGGCGAUGACGGUGUGCUGUGUGGCAGCUGGGAAGCCUGCCCCAUACAUUUGUGUUCUCAAUAUAAUUUUUAUAUGCGGUGCAUGCAUAUGAGGGGUGGUGAAUCAAAGGUUUAGGGUAUGAAAGUGAGUCACGGCAAAUAAAAAAUAAAAAGGGCACGGCUUCAGCGAGGCUUAUGGAUUAUUCCCAUUAAUUCUUAAAAUUAUUUAUGUCAACAGAAAUUGUAAAAAGACGGUAAAAAAAAUGUCUUCAUUUGAAUCGAUGUCCUUUUUUGUCACCAAUUGCAAAAACAAUGGUAAAACGGCUUCUCACUCGCGUCGUGCAUUGUUUCUUUCCACGUGACAUUGCCUGUGGAUCACGGCUGAUAAUGGUGAUGUUCAGGUUUAACACCAAGUGCUAAAUGUACGUGUUUCAGAAUGGAGAAGUUGGGUCAUCUUAGGAGGGUUGUGUGCAUUGUGCCUGUGAUUACUUUAAAUGUCCCCUGUUCAAAAAUAUUUUGAUUCGCAUUCUGCAUGUAUGGAACAUAUAUACAAAUGUCCGCAUUAAUGUCCUCUGUUGAUGAAACAAUAUAUACAAGAAGACAAAUAUUCUACAAACAUUUCAGGCGGUUGCUUUUCGAGUCAACGUGAGUGAGAGGUGCAUUCGUGCUGGACCCUGGUGAUAGCCGACAUCACCUCCAGCAACAUCACCUCCCCAACAUAACAAAUACACGCAGCCUAUAAAUUUGACGUAAACAGACCCGUGCACAGACCAGCAACACACCUCUUCAGCAUCUCGUUUGCCAAAGAUGCAAGGCCAACGUAGAAGUGUCAAGCUCCCCUUUUCAAUGAAUUGCGAUCAGAAAGAAAAACGUAAGUUCCGUCCUAUGGCAGUGCAUUAUUAUCUCCCAUUGUGCUUCGAGGCACAGUUCAACAUGUGGGUGCAGUUUCACAAUGUACACAGUUCAAACGUAUGCGGAUGUCUCCUCGUAUGUUGCCCUGCAUGCCAUCCAGCAUCAGCAGCAACAGCGGUGAUUCAGAGUUCGGAUAUAUUUAAAUAAAAAACGCAAGACCGUU